AUGGCGUCUCUGCGUAGUCAUGGCCCCAGGACUCAUCAGGGCUGCCCGAUCGUCUGGGCUGAGUCCAGGACUGAGCUGGGGACCCUGGAGCUAAGAGUGGAUGCGGAGCCUGGUUUCGAGACCACCCUCUGGACUCUGGAAAAACAAAAAUCUGUUCGCAGGCACCGCACAAAGUUUACCCCAGAACAACUUGGAGCGCUGAAGGACGUGUUCCAGAAGACCAGGUACCCGAGCUGGGACACCAUUAUGCAGCUCGCUUUAAGCACCAAGCUGGAUGAUUUAGUAAUACAGACUUGGUUCAAGAACCAGCGUGCCAAAGCCAAAAAAUCCCAGCUGCGAGGUCAGCCCAGUCAGUCGCCAGAAGCACCAAACCCCCACAGCGCAGCGGAGGAGGAGGCCACCCCCUCACCUACAACUUCUGCAAACACCAUUUCUGGAGUUUUGGGGGUCUUUGACCCUCAACAACCCAAAGGGGCUAGUGCCUCUGAGUCUAAAUCCCUGGGGGGCUCUCAACCUAAUGACCUUCAAGACUUGUGUCUGCAGGCCUCCGACCUCCCUUGGGCCUCCAGUGAGAGGAACAUAUAUGAAUUUAUAGAGCUUUACAUUUUACCUGGGGAUGAUGACACCAGCAGCCUCGACCAGUAUCUUCCUCCAGAAGGCGCUGAGUGA